CCCCCGCGCCCGGUGCUCGGAGCCCGGCGCUGCUGCCGCCGCCGCUGUGAUUGGGUGGAAGAUGGCGCUGGGCGGAUGGAAAUCCUAAUGACAGUCUCCAAAUUUGCUUCCAUCUGUACCAUGGGCGCCAAUGCCUCGGCUUUAGAGAAAGAGAUUGGUCCAGAACAGUUUCCAGUCAAUGAACACUAUUUUGGAUUAGUCAAUUUUGGAAACACCUGCUACUGCAAUUCAGUUCUUCAAGCACUUUAUUUUUGCCGUCCAUUUCGAGAAAAAGUUCUAGCUUACAAGAGUCAACCUAGGAAGAAAGAGAAUCUUCUUACAUGCUUAGCAGAUCUCUUUCACAGUAUAGCCACUCAGAAGAAAAAGGUUGGAGUAAUACCUCCUAAGAAGUUCAUAACAAGGUUACGAAAAGAAAAUGAACUUUUUGACAACUACAUGCAGCAAGAUGCACAUGAGUUUUUGAAUUACCUACUAAAUACAAUUGCUGAUAUUUUACAAGAAGAGAGAAAGCAGGAAAAGCAAAAUGGCCGUCUACCUAAUGGCAAUAUUGACAGUGAAAAUAACAACAGCACACCAGACCCAACUUGGGUUCAUGAGAUCUUUCAGGGAACAUUAACUAAUGAAACCAGAUGUCUUACUUGUGAAACUAUAAGUAGCAAAGAUGAAGAUUUUUUAGACCUUUCUGUUGAUGUGGAACAAAACACAUCAAUUACUCACUGCUUAAGGGGGUUUAGCAACACAGAAACUCUAUGCAGUGAAUACAAAUAUUACUGCGAAGAAUGUCGCAGCAAACAGGAAGCACACAAAAGGAUGAAAGUAAAAAAACUGCCCAUGAUUUUGGCACUGCACUUGAAGAGAUUUAAAUAUAUGGAUCAGCUUCACCGAUACACAAAACUUUCUUAUCGGGUAGUUUUUCCUUUAGAACUUCGACUAUUUAACACUUCAGGAGAUGCCACCAAUCCUGACAGAAUGUAUGACCUUGUUGCUGUUGUGGUUCACUGUGGAAGUGGUCCUAAUCGAGGCCAUUACAUUGCAAUUGUUAAGAGUCAUGAUUUUUGGUUAUUGUUUGAUGAUGACAUUGUAGAGAAAAUAGAUGCACAAGCUAUUGAAGAAUUCUACGGGUUGACAUCAGACAUCUCAAAGAACUCUGAGUCUGGUUACAUCCUCUUCUAUCAAUCUCGGGACUGAAUGGGAACUAUGGUGAAGAGAUAUUUUCUGCCUCAUUUCUUUGGUUAUUUUGGAAAGGAUCAAGCACUGAUUUUUCAAGAAAAGUGAAAUGCAGGAAGCUCAGGGGGCAGUAGCGCACUUUGCACACAACAAGCAAAGACUAUAGAUUAACAAGCCCUUCAUAUCAUGGUAGUUGAUUUAUUUGCUCAGGUAUCAUGCUGUCUGUACAGUUCCACGCAAGAAUAAUUUGAAAUCAGAGAUACCAGCUUCUCUUGUCAGAGUAGCCUUCCCAUAAUUGACAUGCAUUUUUUUCUUUGUUAUUUGCACCCAUAAAUUUGAAAGCCUUUGGGGUGCAGUAUAAAGAACAGGAACCUGUGCUAGAUUGUAUUGAUUAUUUAAAAAGAAGACACUGAAUACACUGCAUAAUUUAGCUUAUGUUCAGUUUGGAGAGCAUAUUCUGUGGUUUUCCAUUAAUAAACCAGAAAUAUUCUUGGGCCCAACACUUGUAGUUGCCUUCCUGACAUGCUAGACUAACAUGAUGAACUCCAUUGUCAGGGAGGCAAGUAUAU